AUGGCUGGUAUCGCAAAAUCAUUCAAUGGACAUAUUAUCAAGAGAUCAAAUAAAGAAGUUGACCUUAAUGAAGAAAAAUACAAACGGAAAAUAUUUGGUCUUUAUUUUAGUUCUCAUUGGUGUCCACCACGUCGUGUUUUCACUCCAUUAUUAAGUGAAAGUUAUACAGAAUAUCAUCGAGGAAAAAGAUUUAAAAUUAUUUUUAUAAGUUCGGAUAGUGAUGAAAAAUCAUUUAAUGAUUAUUAUAAAAAUAUGCCUUGGCUAGCAUCAGAUUUGAAAGAACGAAGAAAAAAGAAGUUUUAUCAAAGAAAUUUGAUGUCAAUGAAAUUCCAAAAUUAA